GAAAACAGCUGUUUAAUUAAAAUUAUUUUUUUGUAUUUUUGUUUAUUAUUUUCCAUCGCUUUGUUUAUCACAUUACAAUAACAAUUUUCAUUAAUUUAUACAUUUUGGCAAUUACAAUUAAUAUUAGUCAACCAUUAAAAAUGGAUCACAGCACAAUUAUCUCAUCAGCCGAAGAACAAUUACGAAAUUAUGGUAUCUUCUUAGAUGGACAUGAUAAGAAAUUAACAAAAAUUCUCAAUAAUAACCAAGUAGCGAACAAAGAGCGUCCCCUACUAAGGGAACCCUUAAUACAGAUUGAUUAUGCUGCCCAGGAGGAAGAAUUCAUGUUGGUUAAGCUAUUAGAAUCGGAAAGAAUGCUUAAUAAGGUUUUACUCACCUUUGGUCAUUUGUGUGCUGAAAUUGAUGAUAUCAGUCGGGAGGCCAAAGAAAUGCAAUUGAAAUUUUUGUUCAAAGAUGAAGAGUUGCUGGUCAUUAUGCAGAAUAUAGUGGAGGGAGAAAAUGAAGGGGAAUUACCUAGUAGGAACAGUAGUGUUAAUAACAACAAUAAUAUGGUCAUGUUGAAAAUGAGUGAAUCCAUGGAAUUUUUAUGUCAAAUGCAAUUUUUACUACAACGUUGCAUAUUGUUGGGCAAUAAUUUGCUACAUCAAUGUGGUGCUGUGUUGGCACAUGAAAAAACUUCAACGGGAGUAGAAGUGAAGUUGGUGCACAUUUGCGAUUAUUUAUCGAAUUUGUUCAUGAACAUUUUAAUUUUUGAUGAGAUUUUAUAUCGUUCCAAUUUCGCUCGCUAUUGGCCAUCUUACAAGAAAACUAUAGAAGCCAUUACACAAAGUGGCAACUCAUGGGAUAAUUGCACUACAUCGGAACUUAAUGGUUUAAGAAAUUGUUUACAGGAAUUGGAUUUCCUAUUUACCGGGUGUAUAUUUAGGCACUUUCUCGACAGUACGUUUAGCAUUAAAGAGAAGAUAGGACCCCAAGGAGUAGGUCAUUUAAGCCAACAAUUCAAUGAAUAUCUAAAACUACAACUACAAGAAAUCGACAAAACAAAUCCCAGUGAAUUGAACGCCUUUAGUGAUACGUACAACAUAAUAAAACUCAACGCCUUUUGUGUAGUAUUCCAUGACUUUUGUGGACAAGUCGAUACAAAAUCCCUUAAACUUUUAAUUGAAUUAAAUGGCAAACAUCAAGCCAUUAUGCUUAUUGGUAAUAUACCUUGGUCUUCAAGCGACUUUUUACGUAAAAAUGCUUUAACUCUUAUUAAAACACAUGAAAAACUGCUAAUGGAUUUCCGACGACAACAGCAAUUAUUUCUACAACAUCAUGGUCAGAAAUUGACAAAAGAUUGUCGUUUAUACUGCAGUGAAAUCAGUCUGUGGGUAUUAAAAAUUGAAAAGACUUUAAGUUGUGGACCCUUCGAAUUGCGUAUCGAACAAUUUAAGGAGCUGACAACAUUAUUGGUGCAGGGAAUGCGUACUUCAGGCCAUUUAAGUUAUUUAAUUAAGGGCAUAGUAAAUUCCCAUGAAAAUCUACAAAUACCCAUGACUAAGCAAACUUUAUUAUCGAUUUGUAAACUUUUGGAAAUGUUGAAAAUGAUUCAAUUAAGUUUUAAUGAACAUGCCACAAACAUUGCCAAAGUAAUACAUUGCAUUUUACAGUAUUUUCAAUAUAAAGUUUUGCAAUUGAUUAAUGCCUGCAAGAAAAAAAUCAUCUCCUCCAAAUUACGCGAUAAAAGUGUUGAUGCUCUAGCUGCUUUAAAAAUAACCGAACGUUGUCUUCACGGACCUCCGAGUAAAGUUCGUAUUUUGGUGGCUAAACUAGCUUUUGAUGCUUCCAGUGCUAAAUAUAAGAUUUUGUCAAGUGAACAACAAGAACGUUUUCGUAACCUUAUUAAACGUAUAGAAUUGAUAAGCGAUUUACAGGAUAACAUACACGAAAUGUGUGAUACUUCAUUCCUGUUUUGGCAUCAAUCGAUUUUGCGAGCUUAUCUUAAACAAAUUGUAGAUAAAAAAUUAGACUUUAAUUCAUUCCAGCAUCUCAUACAAGCCUCUACUGAAUGUGGCAAUACUUUAAAUUUCCUUAAUCUCAAAGAUUUAAAUCUUUCCAACGAUUUACAAAAAUCCACUUAUGAAAUUAUACGUUCUGAGAUUAUUAGUAAGUUAUGUGCUCAAAUUGAAAUAUUUUUGCGUUUAGAAGUUCACGCCAAUCUGCAAGUUGAAAAAAUGAAUCCCUUCGAACAGGGCAUUAAUGAUUAUAAGGAACUGAUAAAUGUUUGCCCUUUGCAAGUGAAUGGCAAUUAUGUGAUCUUAAAAGAUCACAUAGAAAAUUAUUUGAGUGCCAUGUUUUAUAACUUAACUACCAUAUCAUUGCACGAUUGGAAAACCUAUGAAGAAAUGAGACAUUUAGCCAAUUAUCGUUUAUUACUUCAUCCCGUCGAAGAUUAUUUACCCAAUCAAACCUUGGAACAGGGUAUAGAUAUUUUAGAGAUUAUGCGUAAGAUACAUAUCUUCGUUUCGAAAUAUGUUUAUAAUAUGAAUUCGCAAAUAUUUGUGGAACAACAAAGUUCGAACAAACAUUUGGACACCAUAGGUAUACGACAUGUGGCGAAUUCUUUGAGGACUCAUGGCACCGGUGUUAUAAAUACCACCGUAAAUUUUACAUAUCAGUUUUUAAGGCAAAAAUUCUAUACAUUUUCACAAUUUCUAUACGAUGAACAAAUUAAAGCUCGCCUAAUGAAGGAGCUGAGAUCAUUUGCGGAACGCAAACAACAGGAUGAAUAUCCUUUGUAUCCCUAUGAACGGGCAGAUGCUUUUAAUAAGGACAUUCGCAAAUUGGGUUUAGCCAAUGAUGGUCAAACGUAUAUGGAUUUGUUUAGGAAAGUCAUUACUCAUGUUGGCAAUGCCAUGGGUUAUAUCCGUUUAGUACGUUCCGGCAGUAUACAUGCCAAUUAUAGCGCCAGUUUAUAUUUACCCAAGUUUGAUGAAAACUUAAAAUUUGUAUCCCAAUGUAAAGAGCAGCAAUUGAGUGAUGAGGUACAAAUGGCUGCCGGCAAUGUUGAAACAAAUAUUCAAAAUUUAGCAAAAAGUUUUGCAGAUAAUACGGAUUACUUCAAGCUUCUCGUUGAGGCCUUUCAGCCCUUCUUUCGCAAUCCUCACAAUUUACACUUGCGUAAUUUCUACCUAAUUGUUCCUCCCCUCAUCAUGAACUAUGUGGAGUAUAUGCUGGCAGUUAAAUCUAAAAUAAAUAAAAAAGAUCGCGAAGAAGCCGUUCUUUUCGAUGAUGGUUUUGCCGUAGGUCUAACCUAUAUACUAAAGCUAUUAAAUCAAAUCGGAGACUUUAAUUCGCUCGAGUGGUUCUCAACUGUACGUGAACGUUUUGAAGCUGAAAGACGAAAAAUAAAAGAAAUGUUAUUGGAGAUUAAUAGUGUUGCCAAUAAUACGGCCGCUAGAACAAAUACAAAUACUGCAGCCAAACAGGCGAGUGAAAAUGAAAAACUACAGCAAACAUUAGUGCUAACGGAAAGACGUAUCAAUGCUCAUCAAAUGGAAUAUAAUUUAUUGCGUUAUAAUUUGUGCAGUGCUAAGAUAUUUUUUCAAUAAGUGAAAAAAAGAUGAAAGUAAGUGAAAUUUUAAGCAUGUUAUUAAGUUUUGAACGAUUAAAAAAGUUUAUAUUUAUAUUAAAAACUAAUAAUCUGUAGUUUUUGUACAUAAUGUGUAAAAAUAGAUCUCAAAAUUGGACAAUUUUUGAUAUAAUUUGAAAAACUAAUAAAUACACAGUUUUCUAGCCAA